AUGAACCAGAAUCCGGCCGAUCACUGGCGGGGUCCUGGAGGUCCUCCUCAAGGCGAACCUCAGCCUCAGGCUAGACCCUACGCAAGCUUCGGUCCAAAUGGCCCUGCGCAACCACCGCAGCACGUCUUACCUCCUCCCGCGUCAUACCACCAGCAUCAUUCUCAACCUUCUGGAAGCCACAGCCUCUCAAUCGCAGACCUGACUCAAGGACCACCGAAUCACCAACAACAGCAUCAGUACAAUACCCAGCCUCCUCCGCCUCAAGCUCAGGGUCAUCCCAUGGGUCCACUCGGACAUUCGAUGCCUCAACAUUCUCCUCAGUACAUGGGCCGCGAGAGAGAACUCAGAGAGCUUCGUGAGCGAGAAAUAAGGGAGCAUGAGCUGAGAGAGAGAGAGAUGAGAGAACGGAACAAUAUUGAGCUUCAGAGACAGCGGGAUGAGAUGAUGAUGAGGGAGCGCGAGCGUGAGGCUCGCGAACGAGAUCAGUUGGAGCGUAUGCACCAGGAACAACAUCAGCAACAACGCCCGGUCCAGAGCCAUGCUGGGUCCAUCCCCAUCCAUCAGCCUGUGGCCUCCAAGGUGCAGAACUCCAUUCAUGGUCCGAAUGGUCUGUUGGCGAAUGGAGGCGCCGGAGCUGUUCCGCACAAUGGCGCAGCCCCGUCCGGCGGCAGCAGCCUCUUUGGAGGACCUGCGCAACAUGAAGCACAGAGACCCUCGCAAUACCUGCAUCAGCAAGUCGCGGCUCCUCCUACGCAGCAGCAAGGACAAGCCUUCAUGCCUGGUCCCUCUCCCAUGCCCGCACCCGCACAAUUGGCACACGGCCAACAACCCAUCCUGAACGAUGCACUCAGCUACCUCGACCAGGUCAAAGUUCGCUUCAGUGACCAGCCAGACGUGUAUAAUCGAUUCUUGGACAUCAUGAAAGAUUUCAAGAGCCAGGCCAUUGACACCCCGGGCGUUAUCGAGAGAGUGUCCAAUUUGUUCAAUGGUCAUCCAGCCCUUAUCCAAGGGUUCAAUACUUUUCUCCCGCCUGGCUAUCGCAUUGAAUGCGGGACCGAGGAGAAUCCCGAUGCUAUCCGGGUCACCACCCCAAGUGGAACGAUGACCCAGUCUCUUCAUAACAGAGGCCGCACACAGUUCGAACCUGCGCCGAUGGGUCAGAUGGCACAAGGGCAAGCAGGUCGUCAAGAUCCCUUCGAAAGUCGACACGGAUGGGGCCAGACUCUUGGAGCUUCACCGGGUUCAAGGCCAGCAGAAUUGCCUGGCUACAAACCCGCGUCGGGAGAGAGGCUAAUCGAUGAAGGUCCGGGUUCGAUGACCCAACAAGAACAGCGCAACGUAUCAACCCUCCAGAGUGCUGUGACGGCGGUGACAAACGGGAUAACGAGGCCUGCUUUGGCUGUUUCGCCUGGCCCGGGCCAGCAAGGCCAAUAUUCCCAACAGGGCGGCGCAUUUGGCGGCAACGCGGCGGCGCUCGGUGAGUUGAAACGCGGAGGCCCCGUCGAGUUCAAUCAUGCGAUCAGCUACGUUAAUAAGAUAAAGAACCGCUUUGCGCAGCAGCCUGAGAUCUACAAGCAGUUUCUUGAGAUCCUGCAGACCUACCAACGUGAAUCGAAACCCAUUCAAGACGUCUACGCCCAGGUUACACAACUUUUCGUUUCUGCACCUGAUUUGCUGGAAGAUUUCAAACAAUUUCUACCCGAGUCGGCCGCUCACGGCAAAGCGCAAGCUGCACGCGCAAUGGCGCAAGAGGAACAGACCAGCAACGUUCGAAACGAACCGCCCUACACUGCCGGGACAAUGCCUCAGGCGCAGACUCCAAGACCUACUUCUAAGAUGCCUCCCAUGGGCCAAUUUGAUCCACCCAGCACCAGUAAAGACAACAAGAAGCGCCGCGGGGGACCAGGGGCGUCACUCGUCAACCAACCUAGCGCCCAGCAGCCAUCUGGUGAGGCCAGUCUUCAGAACAAUCGAGCUGGACCGGUGCAAGUUGGCAACGCCAACAAGCGCCCGAAACUGGCAAACCAACGCCAGGCUCCUGCUGAGCCCGUUGUCACAUCGCCUACGCUUGUCCCUGCACCGCCUGAGCCACUCCCACCGUUCCCGAAUCUGUCAACCACCCAGGAGGAGCUUGGCUUCUUUGACCGUGCAAAGAAGCAGAUCGGCAAUCGUGCCAGUUAUGCCGAAUUCCUCAAACUCAUCAACCUAUAUACACAAGACCUUAUCGAUAAGUACACCUUGGCCGAUCGGGUUGGGUCUUUCAUUGGAGGCAGUCCAGAUCUGAUGAAUUGGUUCAAGAACUUCCUCGGUAUCGAGGAGCAAGAUGAGGUCACCGAGGCACGCGCUCGACCAGAUACCGGCCGGGUAAAUCUGUCGCAUUGUCGUGCUCUGGGACCCAGCUACCGCCAUCUUCCGAAGCGGGAGCAGAAUAAACCCUGCAAAGGCCGGGAUGGAAUGUGCUACGAGGUGUUGAAUGAUGUGUGGGCCUCUCAUCCAACAUGGGCUUCCGAAGACUCUGGUUUCGUCGCACACCGCAAGAACCAGUACGAAGAAGCUUUGCACAGAAUUGAGGAAGAACGCCAUGACUACGACUUCCACAUUGAGUCGUGCCAGCGGACCAUCCAGUUGAUGGAGCCUAUAGUUCAGCAGAUUGGUGUGAUGAACGACACAGACCGGGCCGCUUUUGUUCUGGCACCUGGCCUUGGAGGUUCCAGCGAGGCUAUUCCCAAACGGAUCAUAAUGAAGGUGUAUGGCCGCGAAGUGGGUGCCAGGGUCAUGCAAGAGAUGUUCGCACGUCCCACUGCAGUACUUCCCAUCGUUCUGACGAGACUGAAGCAAAAGCUUGAAGAGUGGAAGCAGGUCCAACGAGAAUGGGAAAAGGUGUGGCGUGAUCAGAUCAAUAAGCACUUUUGGAAGAGCCUUGAUCAUCAGGGAAUCAACGCCAAAAACCUCGACAAGAAAAACUUUCAGCAGAAGACGUUGACGAGUGAGAUUCAAGCCAAAUAUGAAGAGGCCAAGAAGAAUCGCGAGAAUGGACUCCCGGCAAAGAAACAUCAGCUCGAAUACCGAUUUGAUGAUCUAGAUGUCGUAGCCGACGCGGCACGCCUGAUACUCGUUGCCCUCGAGUCGGAGCGGAUCUCAUUCAACACUAGUGAGCAGGACAAACUCCGCGCAUGGCUUACGGAUUUUGUGAUUCGUUUCUUUGGUCUGGACCCCGAGAAAUUCCAGGAGCAAAUCGACACAGACGCGGCGAGAAAUCGAGAGCACGAUGAAGGUAUAGAUCUUCACGAAAGUGAUGUCCACGCUCCCACCAAAGGCAAAUCUCAACGCAAAUCAGACUGGCUUAGAAGGCUGGCGCUGGAGCGAAGACAUGGCAAAGAGGACAGCGUGGCGUCUGCUAGCAAAGAGUCGACACCUAUGCCCGGCGCCGUCAGUGAGAUGGAGUUGGAUGAAGACGUGGCAUCCUCAGAGGCACUUGAGACCCCUGGACGUCCAUGGAUCAACGUGGCCAACAGCGACACACCAGCACGCCAUCCAGCGCUGGAUGAACCAUACCCGCACACUACUUUCAAUCUCUAUGCGAACGCAAACAUCUACUGCUUUUUCCGGCUCUUUGAAACUUUGUACACUCGACUCCUUGCAAUCAAGCUCAACGAGCCGAAUGUCCACGAAGCUGUCGCAAGGUACAGAGGAUCCAGCCGUGGUGCAAAACCAGCCAUUGAGCUCCGGAUGAUCGACAAAGGUCCUGAAUACUUCUUCUUCAGCGUCGAUGGAAAGCAGAGCUAUUACAGCCAAAUCCUGCAAAUGUGCGAGGACGUUCUGGUGGGCACAGGCGACAUGAGUCAUCUUGAAGAGACGCUCCGGCGUUACUAUAACAAGAGUGGCUGGCAGCUUUACACCAUUGACAGGCUGGUUGGCGCCAUUCACCGCUUCAUCAUGAAUAUUCUCAGUGGUGACGCCAAAGACAAGAGUGUCGACAUCACAAAUUUGUUCAUGAAAGACAGGGAGCGUCCAGACACUACCAGGAAGCAGGAAAUACAGUACCGCAAGCAAGUCGAGCGACUAGCCAAGGACGGUGAGGUCUAUCGGAUCAGCUAUACACCCGAAGAUCGGGUCUGUACGAUUCGCAUGUUCCCGACAGAAGAAGCGACCUUUGACAACGACGCUCUUUCAGAUGAAGCUCGCUGGCAGUACUACGUCGCGUCAUACACCAUGAGCGACCCCACCGAAGGAGUUGAUCAGUCGCGCAUGCACAACCCCUUUUUGCGCCGAAACAUCGCUCCACAAAAUGCCCUCGUCGAAAUGGCGUAUCAAGAGGUAUACGGAGAUCUUUACCACUAUGACGAACAGACUGCAUUCAUUAGUCCCGAGUCCUAUAAGCUUUUCCUGCAAAAAGGGUUCUAUUUUGCCCAACACCAGGCACUUAGGCGGCCGAACGGCAAGACGUACGAGGUUGGCAAGAUUGAAGAAAGUGAGAAGUUCCGGGAGAAGUUCGUGCGCAACACUGCAUGGAUGAAAGACCAAAGAGCAGAAGACGUGGAGAGCAAGAAGGCCGCAUGGGAAAAGGGCGUCAAGGAAGGUUUUUUUGGCCCGGAGGAAUAA